GCGCCCAGGUCAUGCUCAUCAAGAACCUCGACACGACGCUCGUCAACGGCACGGUCGGCACGGUCGUCGGCUUUGGCGUGCCCGAGCUGCAGGAGAGCGACGACGACGACAACGGCGACGAGUGGGUCCUCGGGCAGAAGGGCGAGCAGGUGCGCAGCACGACGGGCGGGGUCAAGCCCGAGCGCUCGGCGCAGGAGGCGCGCAAGCGGCAGAAGGUGGCCGAGGGGGUCGCGGCGGGCAAGAUCGAGAUGGGCCCCGUCGUCGACUGGCAGACGCCGCACGGCAUCGAGCGCAAGGUCAUGGUGCGCGAGGAGUUCAAGGUCGAGGACAACCACGGUACCAAGCUCGCGUGGAGGAAGCAGUACCCGAUCAUCCUCGCCUGGGCCAUGAGCAUCCACAAGUCGCAGGGCCAGACGAUCGCGCGCGUCAAGGUCGACCUCGGCAAGGUCUUCGAGAAGGGUCAGUCGUACGUCGCGCUGUCGCGCGCCACGUCGCUCGAGGGCCUGCAAGUCCUGCGCUUCGAGGCGAGCAAGGUGUCUGCGCACAGCAAGGUCGUCGAGUGGAGCCGCUCGCUCCAGGUCCUCGGUUGAGCCGCCUCUCGCCUCUCGCAC